AUGCCCAUCGAAUUUGUCUGCAAAAUUACGUUUGCUGAGGGGGACGAAACCAAAGGGGCCCCAACAGAAGCAGGUGGGACCAGCAUGCUAGAUGACGGCCUUCAGCGACAAAGAGGGGGCAUGGCUGAUCUGGCAUCCUUCGCAAGCUCCUCUUCAUUACAUGGUCUGGCUCGGGUGUUGGGUACAUCGGAUUCCGGGCGCAUGGGUUUGAGACAGACGCUCUGGGCACUGGCCCUGUUGAUGUCCCUCAGUCUCUUCCUGUACCAAGCGACAUGGAGCGCAGCAACCUAUUUAGAGCGUCCACACCUGACGGCACUGAGGGAAGAGACCCGCCGUGAACUCACCUUUCCAGCAGUCACGCUCUGUAAUGUCAACCGAUUCCGCUUCUCUGCCCUCACAGAUGCAGAUAUCUACCACUUGGCUAACCUCACCGGCCUGCCACCCAAGAGUCGUAAAGGACACCGGCCAAGUGAGCUCCAGUAUCCCCCCCCUGACAUGUUAGAUAUUUUCCAACGGACUGGCCACCAGAUGGAGGAUAUGCUGAAGAGCUGCAACUUCAGUGGGCAGAACUGCUCAGCCGAAGAUUUCAGCGUGGUUUAUACACGGUAUGGAAAAUGUUACACAUUUAAUGGCAAUAAGACUUCACCCAAGCGAGUGAGGCAGGGCGGCACAGGAAACGGUCUGGAAUUGAUGCUGGAUAUUGAGCAAGAUGAGUAUCUGCCCAUUUGGAGAGAAACCAAUGAGACGACACUGGAGGCAGGUAUUCGUGUUCAGAUCCAUAGUCAGGAUGAACCCCCGUACAUCCACCAGUUGGGCUUUGGGGUCUCUCCAGGAUUCCAGACAUUUGUUUCCUGUCAGGAACAGAGGCUAACAUACUUGCCACAGCCAUGGGGAAACUGUCGGGCUUCGUCUGAGCCUGUGAUCCCAGGAUACGACACCUACAGCAUAAGCGCUUGCAGACUGCACUGUGAGAGCACACAGGUGCAGAGAGAGUGCAACUGUAGGAUGGUGCAUUUACCAGGUGAUGCUGAUAUCUGCACUCCCAAUAAAAUCAAGUGUGUUGACAAGGCGUUAGCUUUACUCCAGAAGAGCACAGGUGAUUCAUGUCCCUGUGAGACACCAUGUAAUAUGACUCGGUAUGGAAAAGAGCUCUCCAUGGUCAAAAUCCCCAGCAGGGGCUCUGCUCGCUACCUUUCUCGCAAAUACCAAAAGUCUGAGGAAUACAUAAGAGACAACUUUCUCAUCUUGGAUAUUUUCUUUGAGGCCCUUAGCUAUGAGACAAUAGAACAGAAGAAAGCGUACGACAUCGCUGGACUUUUAGGAGACAUCGGUGGACAAAUGGGGCUCUUUAUUGGAGCCAGUAUUCUUACUAUACUGGAAAUACUUGACUAUAUCUAUGAGGUGGUUAAAUACAAAAUAAAACGUCUACUGAAACCAAAGACAAGCCAGAAACAUCAGAACCAACGGAACUUGAUCCAAGAGCAGAUCCAGAGAACAAAGAACCUUCGAGAACAGAACCUGAGAGCACAGCUGGCUCCUGGAACUAUAGCUACAGUCAGAUUUGAAGAAGUCAAAGUUAAGGCAGCUAAUGAUGUAAAAAUGGCUCAGCCACACAGUGCACAUCCAACCUCAAUACUACCAAAUCAUCACAAUGCGCAACCAGUUGUACAGCAGGACUUUACUUGCUAA